CAACCUCCCCUUUCUCUGCGAGCCCAUCCAAGCUGUAAAUGAACAUUCCGUCACCCCGCAUUCCCACUCCUAUCUGCAAACAGUACAAGACAUGAAGUUCCUCUUCCAGGACGAACUCGUUGCCAGGGGCCAGGACCUGCCCCCGUGCUACUCCGACGACGCUGUCGCCGAGCCAUGCUGGGACCCGCUGCAGCCUCUCCCUUUCACCUUCGAAGAAGAGAUCCUGGCCCUGCCCUCGUAUGUUCUCUCCAACCUCAGCCAGUGGGGCGUCGAGCCCGGCGUCAGCACGGCGCUCAGCUUUGGCUUCCGCGAGGACCAGGGUAUGGUUCGCGUCUUCGUCUCCAACGCCGCGCACCCGCCGGUGCCGCCCAAUUCCCGGGCAGCCUCGCCACAAGACCCCGCAAAGGCAAAGCCCGCGAGCCUUCUUGGAUCGGUGCUUCACAAGAUGAGCUCGCUUGUCCACAGCGCCUCUGUCGAGCCCCACGAGCACGUCGCCUUCGUGUGGAAGCCCUGUCGAAACCUGCUGGCACGUAGCCCCUCGGUCCUGUUCACCAGCCGACUCGGCGGGCCCGUCUCCCUGGUCAUCACACCAUAUACCACCAUACCUCUCGGCGAUCACGCUCUCGAUGGCCACCCCAACGCCGUCCGCCGCACCAUGAGCUCGCCAUUUGCCAUCGACCAACCCCAGAUCCAGCUGGUCAAGCCCAAGAUGUUCUCUCGACAGCACGACUUUACCAUCGACUCGGCCACAUACUCCUGGAAAGUUUGCUGGAGGGGUGCGAAGCUCGUGCAGACCGUGGCGAAUGCAAGUCAUGUCGUGGCCAUCGUGCACGCCGCUCCUUCGUUUUCAACGGGCCAGAAGAUACUGAAGGGUUCCAUCGAUAUCUUCGCGGCCGGCUUCCACAUGGUCGAUAUCAUCGUUGCGUCCGCCAUGUGCACCGUGGUUGAAGACUCCCUCUUUUGUGUCGCCGCUCCCGAAACCUGCUACUGAAUCCAUCACUCAUCCCCAUGAACGCUCCUGGCGACUUGAUGGACAAACCAGCGGGGCGACACAAGCCGAUUUCCAAGAGUGGCCGAGAAAUCCGCCGACCUCAUGCUGGGCGUGGCGAAUCGCCCCCUUCCCUUCCUUCUUUGAAUCGCUGCGGUGCAUGCGCUAGCAUCCUUCCACUGCAACUCAUACCCACUCAUCAUGUUCACCCUCGCUCGCGAGCUACGUUGGAUGAGGUGCAUCAAUAAAUUGCGUGUUCAAAAAAGCG